AUGCGACCUGGUAGUAGGCAGCGUUCUGUAGUCUGGGAUCAUUUUAAGAAAAGUGUAGAUAACAAAUAUGCUGUUUGCCAAAAAUGCAAAAAAGAUUUUAAGUAUUAUGGAAAUACAACGAACUUCAAAGAUCAUUUGAAAAGAAAACAUCCAUUAACUUUAAAUAUGGCAUUCAUAAAUGAGGAUGAUCCAGAUUCCGAAUUACUAACUGUAACCAAUUUAACGGGCCCGUCAACUUCAUCAAUCUCUUCUUCUUUACCUAAUAACGAUUUAACAACACCAGAACCUCCUUUAGAGCCUCCUGUAAAACGUCAACGCCAACUUAGGCUAUAUGUUUCAAAAUUAAAAGGCAUGUUAAAAACUGUUCUCAAUGUAUCAGUUACUACAGAUAUGUGGACAUCUGACUCUAAUAAGGCCUAUAUUACAGUUACAUGUCAUUUCAUAUUCGAUGAUAUUUUAUACUCACCAGUUCUUGCAACAAGGGAAGUGCAUGAUUCACAUACUGGGGAGAAUAUUGCUGCUUCACUUAGACUCAUUUUUAAUGAAUGGGAAAUAGGUAAUAAAAUUGUCACUAUAGUAUCCGACAAUGGAGCAAAUAUUAAAAAUGCAAUUAACCAACACCUUAAAAAACAUCACCAACCUUGUGUGGCACAUGCACUAAAUUUAAGUGUAAUUGAAGCCAUAAACAAUAAUAAUGAACUAAGUCAGGUAAUACAAACAUGUAAAACAAUUGUUGGACAUUUUAAACACAGCACUUCUGCUACUGAAAAAUUAAAAAUGUACCAAAACCAAAUGGGUCUGCCUCAGUUAAAAGUCAAACGAGAUGUGUCUACGAGAUGGAACUCCAAAUUAAUCUUGAUGGAAAGACUUCUUCAAAUUAAGGCUCCUUUGUCCGCUGCUAUUACUUCCCUUCCACGUGCACCAAACGGUUUGACUGCCUUAGAAUGGGAACUUAUAGAAGACUGUAUACCACUUUUAAAACCAUCAUUCGAAAGCAUGACAACAGUAUUGUCUGGCGAAAAAUAUCCGACGUUAUCAAUGGUUAUACCACUAAUACGAGGCCUACAAUUUACCAUUGGAAAUAUCAAACCAAAAACCAAUUCUGGACGAUUAUUAAAAACAUCAUUAUCAAAUUCUGUAUCCAGAUGUUUAGGAUCAUUACAAUUAUUAUUUCGAUACAUAAAUACAAUAAAAUAUUUGUCUUACAAUUAG